GUCAUUUUCAUAAUAACUUACAUUUACUGUUUUAAGACAUUGUUAAAAGUUAAUUUUUGGUAAUUGUUAUGAAAGUUUUCUCAUUCUUCAAUUGUCUUGCUUGUUUUUAGAUUAGCAGAAGCUUCUAGUGUUUUUCAUCAUACAUUUUUUUUAUGCCACUAAUCACUAAACCUUUGUUUACACAAUUGUGAGAUUGAGCACAGUACGCUAUGGACAUGGUGUAACAGAGGAUAAGAGACAAGUACCACCAAUGCUGCAAAAGGUGCUUCGUUACGAUGUACAAAUCACUAAAAGAUUUGUUGAACUGGCUCUCAAGACAACCGCUCUAAGAUCAUUACGGAAUCAUGCCAAAUUUUUGGAGAUUUCCUGCCAUGGCAUUGUUUGGUUGGCCAGUUGGCUUACUUUUAUAUGGUUGUUCAAUAACAAAGAUUUGUACCAGCUUCAAGUUAAUAUGUUAAUUGCUCUCAUCUUGGAUAUUGUUGUUGUAGCUGUAAUAAAAGCGUUCGUAAGACGACGUCGUCCCGUCCCAAUGAACAAACUCUCAGCUAUUGGCCCUGACAAGUAUUCUUUCCCAUCAGGUCAUGCAAGCAGGGCAGUCAUGGUGGUCUUUAUUCUUUCGUAUUUAUAUCCUGUAUCUAUUAUUUUCUUACCUCCACUGUUUGCGUGGGCUUGCGCUGUGUUAGUUUCGAGAGUUUUACUGGAACGGCAUUACAUUCUUGAUGUUUUAGGCGGAGUUGGUAUUGGACUGUUAGAAGGUUUAGUUUUGUGUUUAAUUUGGCUCUCCCAGAGUACAUCUGCUAGCAUUUUAUCAACAUUGUCUGAUGAGAAAAUUGAUGGAGGAGAGUAUCAUGUGUAAAAUUAUGAAGGUAUUUGUGUUCCUCUAUCAAAAUUUUAACCAAAAAAGUAAAAGUAUUAUGUAUUUUAUAGUCUCAUUUUAUUUUAGGAACACUGAUCUCCAUUCACCAAUUAAUUGUAUCUAAUACUAAUAAACAAUUAAUAAUAUAGGAUCAAAUAUAUAAAUUUAAAUCAAAUUGACUAUUUUGUGACAUAAAAACUUUUCAUGAAACUGCGGGCUAUAUUAGAGUAGCUUCAUAGAACUUAAAACUAUUUCAGGAUCUAAUAAAAAAUAUCUUUCUAAAGUCUGUUCACUUUAGCCUGUUUAGCACUGCUUCUGGAUGAUAAAAAAUAGAGAGAUUCUGAAAUACGUAUUUAUUACUUUAUAUAGUUUUUGAUUUCUCACUUACUGCUAAGAGCAACAUAAUUGUGUUUUUCUCUAUUUUGUUUAGUAGAAGAGGUGGGUAGUUUCUUUUUACGUUUGCAUACAUAGAAGAAAAUAGAACAUAAUCUAUUCUCGUUAUAAAGUGAUCAAAAAUGGGUCUAAAAUAUGAUUGUCAUUAUUCCUAAUUCCUAAUUAUAAAUAUAUUUAUAUUUCAUGAAA